CUUCGGGCAGGAGAGAGGCCUGGUAGACACAGGCGCCGAGGUUCCGUCGGCUCCGAGUCGGGGGUCGGGUCGCGGAGAGAGUUGCGGAGCUCCGCGGCCGCCGCCGCCCCGCGCCCUCGCAGCGCCCCCGUGCCGGCGAAAUGACCACCAAGAAGUAGAUGCCCGGAUGUCCCGGUGAGGAAGUAAUCCACAUGUCAUGAAGUAAGAUGCUGCAGAGCGAGCAUUCCUCCAGAGUGGUUAAGUCAUUAAAUGAAGACAUCAUAUUUUGAAAUAUGUUUAAUCUCCUGAUGCAGCAUCAGAGGCUAACAAUAUUCAUGGCCAAAUCUAGUGCUCACAUGGUCUUCUGAAGAAGCCAUGGGUAGCUGUUGUAGCUGUCCAGAUAAAGACACUGUCCCAGAUAACCAUCGGAACAAGUUUAAGGUCAUUAAUGUGGAUGAUGAUGGGAAUGAGCUAGGCUCUGGCAUAAUGGAGCUUACAGACACAGAACUGAUUCUAUAUACCCGUAAACGUGAUUCAGUAAAAUGGCACUACCUCUGCCUGCGACGAUAUGGCUAUGACUCAAAUCUCUUUUCUUUUGAAAGUGGUCGAAGGUGUCAGACUGGACAAGGAAUCUUUGCUUUUAAGUGUGCCCGUGCAGAAGAAUUAUUUAAUAUGUUGCAAGAGAUUAUGCAAAAUAAUAGUAUAAAUGUGGUGGAAGAGCCUGUUGUAGAAAGAAAUAAUCAUCAGACAGAAUUGGAAGUCCCUAGAACCCCUCGAACACCCACAACUCCAGGGUUUGCUGCUCAGAACUUACCUAACGGAUAUCCCCGCUACCCCUCGUUUGGAGAUGCCUCAUCCCACCCCUCCAGCCGGCACCCUUCUGUGGGAAGUGCUCGCUUACCCUCAGUCGGUGAAGAGUCGACACAUCCUUUGCUCGUGGCCGAGGAACAGGUACAUACUUAUGUUAACACCACAGGCGUGCAAGAAGAGCGAAAAAACCGUGCAAGUGUGCAUGUCCCCCAGGAGGCGAGAGUUUCUAAUGCGGAAAGCAACACACCAAAAGAAGAACCAAGUAAUACUGAAGACAGGGACCCUCAGGUUCUUCUAAAACCCGAAGGAGUCAAAUUUGUCUUAGGACCAACCCCUGUUCAGAAACAGUUAAUGGAAAAGGAGAAACUGGAGCAGCUUGGAAGAGACCAAGUUAGUGGAAGCGGUGCGAAUGGCGCGGACUGGGACACUGGCUAUGACAGUGACGAACGGAGAGACGCACCCGCUGUUAACAAGCUGGUGUAUGAAAAUGUCAAUGGGCUAUCUAUCCCUAGUGCCUCAGGGGUCAGGAGAGGGCGUCUGACAUCUGCCAGUACCUCAGAUACUCAGAACAUCAACAAUUCAGCUCAGAGGAGAACUGCAUUGUUAAACUAUGAGAAUUUACCAUCUUUGCCUCCUGUUUGGGAAGCCCGCAAACUAAGUAGGGAUGAAGAUGACAAUUUAGGACCAAAGACCCCAUCUCUAAAUGGCUACCAUAAUAAUCUAGAUCCAAUGCAUAACUAUGUUAAUACAGAGAAUGUAACUGUGCCGGCAAGUGCUCACAAAAUAGACUAUUCAAGGCGUCGGGAUUGUACACCGACAGUCUUUAACUUUGACAUCAGGCGCCCCAGCUUAGAACACAGGCAACUCAAUUAUAUACAGGUGGAUUUAGAAGGUGGCAGUGACUCUGACAACCCUCAGACUCCAAAAACCCCUACCACUCCCCUUCCACAAACCCCUACCAGGCGCACAGAGCUGUAUGCUGUCAUAGACAUCGAGAGAACUGCUGCUAUGUCCAACUUGCAGAAAGCACUGCCCCGUGACGACGGUACAUCUAGGAAAACGAGACACAAUAGUACUGACCUGCCCAUGUGAGCCUGGAAAGCAUUACAUCGUUCGCACCUUCGUGAAGUUUUUAAGAAUGAAGAUGCAAUGCUUCAUUUUCAUUUCUACACUAACUCCUUUUAUAGACUGAUGAAUUUUUUUCUGAAUAUUUCAUGUGCAUCUUUAAAGGGAAUUAAUGUAGAGCAGGUACUCCUUACAGAACACUAAUUUCAUUAUAUUCUCCUCACUAUUGUACAGCAGCAUUCCCAUUUUCACAGUGCCUAUUGAAAAUGAGAUUUGAAGUGAAUGACAUGCUGGUUGAUUUUUAUUCCAUAUCCAGGACAUAUGUGUAGCUUUCACGUCUAAGUUGUGUUGGCAUUUAAACCUUUGAUAAAGUCUCUUGAUAACGUGCAUUGCUAACAUAACUCUAGGCUUUGAAGGUAGGACUCGUAGAUUCACUGCUCACGGUGUAUGGUCUCCAGCAUGGAACAUGAGGAAUCUUAUUUCAUUAAUUAAAGGCUUUUUGACUUGGGCCAAAAAAAAAAAAAAAAAAAAAAGAAGAAGAAGAAGAAGACGAAGAAGCAAAAGAACCACACCUCCUUUUGUACCAGUCAGCUCCUCUGUCUUCAGUGUUACUAGAAAGAGUGCAGUAUCAUGAAUAUAGUUGCAUUUUGGAAGGCAGACAGGAGACCAAAUUUUGUUUACUCAUCUCAUGGUGUCAUUUGAAGGGCAUGUCCAGAUAUCUUACUCAGAAUUACUAUAGGGUUAGGAGUCAGUCUCAGGUCACUUUACCCAAAAACAUUUGAAAAAUCCACACCAUGAUCUCUUGGCGUUUCUUUUCGGUAGAUUGACAGCACAUUGUUUUCUGGAAACAUUUGUGCCAUUAAACUCCCAUUUAGCUUCAGCUUUUUCCCCCUUUGGUGUUUGGGUUGUCUUACUUUGUUUUGUAAUGUCUUUCUCAAUUUUCAAUACAAUGUUUGAGUUUAUAUAUCAUUUUGGAAUGGGAUUGUGUGUUUAUUGUUACUUGGUUUGCAUUUUUGUCAAGUUAUGGUCUUGAAGAUCCAUUUGGAACUGACUGUUAUUUUCUAACAGGGUUGCCCUUGUCCAGUAUUUAUAUAUCUGCUGUUUACUCUUCAAGUUGAUGAAAAAAGCAUUGUCUCGAUUUUAAAUUUCAUUUGUGUCCAUAGGUGAUCUCUUUACUAGCCGAGAAAAAGAGGAAGAUACUCUAAACAUGUGAGUUCCCAUGGUCCUGUCCUCCCUGUGGGCACAUUCCCCAGCACUUUAGUGGGGAUUGCUCAGCUACAUGGCUGCAGUCCCGCUCUGCCCACUCUGCUGCUCCUGGGCUCUGCUGUCCUUCCCAUGGAGCUAGGCUCUUAUUAUCCCCUGAUUUUGGUGAGCUAUUAAUAUUGUUGCCAGCAUAGCAAGUACAGGGAAGUCUUGAGGAUCUGAAAUGAACGUUUAUAUAAACUAAUGGAGAGUCCAGAUGUUGGACUUCUAGAAAUCAAGAAUGCUCCAGAUUCCUAACCACUGUAGAAUAAAGACAAGAGUGGAAGGAUAGGUAGCCUUACAAAAUAUUUUACUUUUUUCUCUAAUGUUGAGGAAGUUUCUUAUAGUGAUAUGGCUAUACCAGAUGUGGCUAAAGUUGAUUUAACAAGAACAGGUAGGUUUCAGCCCUAGAGCGUUCUGUGUAUUCAGGAACUCAUCAUAAACCAUGACUAGAUGAGCAGAACAGCAGAGUGGAACCAUAAUGAAAGUAAAUUAUUUCGGUUGUCUUCGUCAUUCUUAGUGCCAUUGGUCCAUAGCAGAAUUUCCUUUUCCUUCUUUUUCCUCUGUGAACUUGGUGCUUACUAAAAUGUUCACUGUUCUCCCUAAGAGAGCAAUGACCAGACGUGCAGAUUCCUGUUUAAUAUCCUCUUCCGUUUGUCCUUUCUUCUGAGUAGACUGCUAAUUGUGCCAAAUUUCAGCGGAGGUUUUUUGAACAUGGGGUAAGAACUCUGAUAGCAGCAAUGUACACGAUUUCCUGAGAGCGGGCGUUAGGACAGCUGACUCUGGAGUGAGGGGCUGAUCGCUCUGGAGGCUGGGUGCUCUUUGUUUCCUUUGUGCUCUUCACUUUUCCUUCCGAUUUGAGUUAGAUUUAUUUUAUUUUAUUUUUGGUGAUUCUAAUAUAAUCACUACAGUUUAUGCUUUAAAUAAUGUAUGGUUUAAGAAUGAAAACGGGACCAAUUUGUCUGCUAACCAUUUGAUUUUAGGGGACUAGCUGAAUAUUCAUUAGGAAGAGGUAAACAGGUGAUGUUAACUUCUAGAUGUCUUCUGGAAACUCAUUUAGAACACCCGCCCUUACGGUGGUCUCACAAUGGGCAUUAAGCUCUGUCUUGGAAGAAUGUACCUAUUACUAUUUGGUGAACUUCAGAGUGAGAUAUUUUAUUGCCUCAUAUUUGUGGCCAUAUGUCUCAGAUUUUCUGAGACAAACUUAAUUUUAGGUAAUUGGUUUUGUUGAUUAGACGAUGUGACACUACUUUUUGGUUUUGAAAAUAUAAUCCUUGUCGUCCCCCCACCCCCAAUAAAAUCCUUUUUUAUCCAUACAGAUCCUGACAACAUUUUUUUUGAGACCAGGGGUGAAAAGUGAUACAGGUCUUACUAGUGUUCUUCUCAAUGGCUUGCUUCUCAGUUUCAUCUUCCUUUGAAAAAAUGAAAAUAUGGUGCCUUCCCUCCUUCCAGGAAGAUUGGCAAAUAGUUCCUUUUGUUCCUGCUGCUGUGGAGUGAUGAGACAUGCACUUUACUCUCGAAGACUCAGCAAAAAGCUUUCACUUCUCAUUAUAUCCAGAAAAGAUUACAUUCGGGACUUAAACUUUGCCAAGCAAUCUUUGUCAUUACAGUUAUUAAUGUUGACCCCCACACAAUGUCAUAAGUCAAAACUGAUGUUUGUUAUUCUCCUCACUGCUCUCACCCCAGGUCUGUGGCACAGCAUAUAAAAAUGUACCUCAAUAAUGUUCUGUUAAAAAUGGGACAGGGGCCUUAUGUUUUCAUGAUUUUUCCAACAACGUGCCACCAUGUAUUUGCCUCAAGCUAACAAGUACUUCCCAGUUUCCCCUGUACUGUUUUCUACCCCAAAUGCCCAAGUGUUUUGUGCAAUGUGUAGUGUGUAUGUAUAAAUAUAUAUAUCUAUAUAUAUUCUUGAAAUAGACAUAACAUCAGAGACACUCAGAAGUAAUGUAUUGCCAUCUCAUUCAUUUCUGAUGUGAAGUACAUGGUACUAUUUACUUUUUCCUUAAUGUUUGCCAAAUUUGAGUCAAGGCAUUGGUACGAAAUUACAGCAUAUACAGGAAACAUUUUGGCUUGAAAAGUUAACAAAUGAAAGUAUUCAGACCUUUCACAAUGUAUUCUGCCCAGACCAGCACCCUGUCUUCUUGCUGCCUGUUCCCCAUUCCUGCUUCCUCAUUGUUCGGGGUGUAACACAAUUCUUUUAUAGCAUCCUAUAGUUGAAAUUCUCUGGCAGCUGGAGAAGACAGCAUGGAAACAGGCUGGUAUCACUAGUACAGUCACCAGGUGCCACAUUUGCAUUAGGAAGUGCAAAAUAGAUGUUUAUAAAGGACAGACUUUGUGUUAUGUUUCUAUUUUCAUUACAUUGUAUAAUACUGUAAGAUUAUUGUAUGUCCUAAUUUGCAUUAUAAAUGUUUUUUUCCUACAUAAAGGCAUAAAUAAUAGCAACUUUGUAUAAAGGUAGCUUAUUAGAUUUUAAUUUUUCUCUUAUAAAAGUUGUCUACAGUGGGACUACCAUUGCCAAAUUGUAUAUGAGAUAUGAAUUUUACCCCUAUGGUUAAUUUCUAAACAUUCCAUGUUUCUCUAAUGAAAGACGUGAUACUGUACUAUGCAUAAAUUAUGUUUUAAUGCUGUUUCAUUAUCAGCAUUUUAAUUUUGGGUUUGCAUUUUUAGUAUUGGCAGAACUUAAGCACUGUCAAUGAAAACCCUGUUGUAUGUGUAACAGCAUCAUUUGCCCUCUAUCCCUUCUUGCCCUUUGUUCUUUACUCUCCCUGUCAGUGCCAAUUCAUACAUUUUGUAGCAUGGCAAUAAAAUAUAACUUUUCCACUGAGGCCAAGUGUGGCUCUUUGAAGGCAGUGGGGUGGGAGGACCGCCACCUAGUUGUCCUGGUAUGUGACUCUUUUUGCCAUAUAAGCCAUGUUGUCAGGCGUAAGAAGUCAUAUAUGAUGUAAACAUGCUCUUAAGGACAAGUGUGGAUGUGCUUUAAAACUUUGUUUUUAAUGUAAGAAGUAAUAACUAAUUUUUAAUCUUUGGAAAAGUCAGAGUUCUUGAAGUACAAUCAAACCUUUAUUAACUGGAGUACUUAAAGAAUAAGCUAAUAAUGGAAUUUUGUUAAACAAGGGCUAAGCAACACUUUUAAAAAGUUCUUAUUUAUUGUGGAGUAUUAGUAUACCUUACUAUCCUAAAAUUAUAAUGUGUAAAAUAUGGUUUGAUCUUAGACAAUGUAGCAUCUUGCAAUGCCUUACUGUUAUCAUUCUGGCAUAGAUAUCCGUGAUGAGGUACUCAAGUUGAUACUGGAAGCCGAGCUGACUAUACACUGACCUUAAGCAUUCAUGAAAAACUGCUUUGUUAAAUAAAAUCUGAUGAGUUCUUAUGGUCACUUUUCCCUUAUUGCCAAAAGUAGAUUGCAAUAAAACCCAAAUAAAAGCUU